AUGGUGCAUUAAGGCAAUCAGGAAUUGUAAUUUAAGAGUAAUGGCGAAAAUAAAGAUGAAACCAUAUUGAGUGCUUCUUAAUAUUCAGAAAAUAGUUUUCAUUUAAAUGAAUAAAACAAUUAGCUCGAUGAUACAAUUCUAACAGUUUAGUAAAUGUAUUUUGAUGCAGUUGAUAAAUAUAAAAAUAUAAAAGGUCACAUUUACAUUCUAUAUAUGUUAUUAAUUCUAAUUUUAAUCACAGUUUAUAGUGCAACAAAUGAAUAAAAUAGUGACAGUGAUAUGAAGUAAGUUAAUUUAAAUAUAAAUGUAGCAGAAGACUUUCAAUCUUAUUUAGAGAGUAACUAAGAAGAGUUUCAGUUUAACUUUACAAGCAUUUUUAUUGAGUAUCAAAAAAUAUAAUUUGAAAAUACUCAGUCUUCUUCAAUUAGAUAUUAUAUCAGUUUAUUCGAUAAGUAUGUCUUCGGUUAAGUCCAAGAUGGUUAGGUAAUCAAUUAGUAUGAGGAGAUGAUAUUAAAUUAGUGCAUUUAGGAUCAUGAACAGAUGAAAUAGGAAAUUAUAGAUAACAUAGAUGCACUAAAAAAAAUGAAAGUGUAAAACGAUCUGGAAGAAAUUAUUGUAUUAAAAUAAGAAAUAGAGGAAAUGAAAUAAUAUUUGAUUUUCAGGAACUCCACUCUGAAUUUCAUGAAUUUCAUCCAAAAUAAGACUACCAAUUAUUAUGAUUAUUAUUAGUAUACUUUUGAGAAAGUAAACAUCUUGAGCAACUAGAUAGAUAAAUUAGAUUUUGAUAUAGUAAGAAACGAGCUUGAUAUCGUUAAUAGAAAUAUAAUUAUUGUUGAAUAAAGAUCAAUCGAAGAAGAAAAUUAAAUACUUAAAGAAUGCAUGAAAGAAAUAAUAACUAAAAACACAUAAAAGCUAAGCAAAACAGACAAGGACUUGCUCUUUGAGAAAUAUAUUUACGAAGAAAACGAAUUAAGAUUGAAAGUCCUUGAGAAAAGGAUUUAUCUGCAAAACAGAAAAAGCAAAUUAAUCUCAUCUCUAUAAAAUUACAAAAAUACUUAUUAAGAAGGUGUAAAGGACUUGAUCAACAACCUAAUUGAGUCUUAUUUUAAAUGUAUACGUUAAGAUUGA